AUGAACACAAGCAAAACUUGCCUGAUUACAGGCUGCUCCACCGGCGGAGUUGGCGCAUCCCUUGCAGAAGCUUUCAAAGACAAUGGUUACCAUGUCUACGCAACUGCACGCUCACCAUCCAAGGUGCCAAGCUCAUUGCAUGAGGCAUCCAAUGUCACCGUUCUAGCACUUGAUGUUACCUCCUCCGAGUCCAUCGCUGCAGCCGCAGAGAGGGUUAGACGGGAGACUGGAGGCAGACUUGACGUUUUGAUCAACAACGCCGGUCUUGGGCUGGAAUUACCUGCCCUUGAUACUCCUAUUUCCGAAGCGAGAAGGGUUUUUGACUCGAACUUCUUUGCUGUUCUUGAGAUGAUCCAAGUGUUCAGCCCCAUGCUCAUUGAAGCUAGGGGGUGCAUUGUGAAUAAUUCAUCCGUGGGCGGGCGUAUUCCCAUUCCAUUUUGCAGCAUAUACAAUGGGACCAAGGCCGCUCUUAUACAGGCCGGCGAGGGUUGGCGUCUAGAGCUUGCACCACUUGGUGUGCGAGUUAUCACUUUGAUAACAGGCGGAGUCGCAACGAACUUCCUAAAGAAUCUUCCUAGUGUGGAAUUGCCCUCGAAUUCGUAUUAUCUGGGUAUUACGGAUAUUAUCAGAAGACAACCCGAGAAGAUUCCCAUGAGUAUAUCUCCAGAGGCAUACUCCGUCAGUGUUGUACGUCAGGUGGAAAAGGGGAUGAAGGGAAAGUAUUGGAUCGGGGGUGGAUCUACACUCGCUCGUUGGUGUCUCUGGCUUUUCCCUCAAUGGGUGAUUGAUCGGAUUUCAUAUGGUCAAAAACCAUUCGCUGAAGAGUUGGCUGCGGCACAUAAGAGGUCUAAGGGGCGGCCAAAGUCAUCGUGA